AUGGCCACGCAGGACAUGGUGAUGUCCUUUCUCGACCAGCAAGUUCGCAGCAAGCUCCAGGUCCGGCCGCCCGAGGACGGUACCGCAGAGGCUGAGGCAGCGGAGGCGGAGUGGGCGGCUCGGUGGAAGACGUGGAUGCACCCGUGGCGCUGUGGAGCGCCGGCUGCUUCACCCACAGCCAGCUGCGACGGCCGACCCGUGCGAGAGAGGCUGCUGCUGCUCUCCGAGUCUCCUCUCGUCUGGGCUAUCCCCGGCUUCUGUUCUCACGAGGAGUGCGUUCGCCUCAUCCAACUCGGCGCGCGUGGACUGCAGCCUCCUCCGGGCUGGUCGCCCGAGUGGAGAGGCCGGCAGGUUGCGAAGACAACCGUGGCGGGUGGGGCGUCGAAGGAGGAGGAGGAGCGACUACUCGCCACGCUCAGAGAGAGGGUGCACUCACUGCUGGGCUCUCCGGGCGAAGGCUCGCUGGGCCUGCAGCUAUCUUUCAACGCACCCGAGGAGGAGGCGGGGCUCACGAUUGGGUUGCACACAGACCUCAACAACGGGGCCGAGUCUCGCUGGGCGACCGUCCUCCUCUACCUCAACACCGUCCCGCCACACGAGGGAGGAGCCACCGUCUUUCCUGCCGCCAGCGCGGUGACAGCUGCCGGCACCGCGCUUGAGCCGCCACUGAAGCGGCCCUGCAGCGGAGCAGCGGAGCAGAGCGAGACCGCGGAGGGCGCGGCGGCGGAGCAGAGCGAGGCGGUGGUGGAUGCGAGCGCCGCGAGGGCGGCGGCGGAGGAGCUGUCCGCGCUGGGCGUCACCAGCACCUCGGACGCAGUGAGCUUCGCUGUUGAGGAGGAUGGCGAGGUCAGCGUCGAGUGCCUCGAAGGCGGGGGUGCUGCCGCGGUCCUCACUGCCGCCGCGCAAGCUGCGGCGGCAUCGGCCCUCGCCGCCGCCCCUCGCGGCAGCCGUCGGGGCGUCCUCAGCAGCCACGGCCCUAGCGGCGUCGGGCUCUGCGUGCACCCCUCCGAGGGAUGCGCCAUCCUCUUCUACUCACAGAGCGGAGGAGGAGGCGUGGAUCCCCUCUCGUGGCACGGUGGAGCCGCCGCGGCGGGCCUCGGCAAGUGGACGGUCCAGUGCUUUGCGACGCUGCCCGAGUCUGUGCGCGGCGACGAGGCGCGAACCAGAGCCUUCCUGUCCGCUCACCGCAUCGGGAGGGACGGGGACGGAGAUGUGACAUGA